UCUUCCUAGAGCAGAGACGGGAAAUCGAAAGCCCAAAUCGACAAUCCCCCCCUCCCCUCCUCCCCACUCCACUCAACCCCACCCCCACCCCAAUGGCGUCGCCGGCGCCGCCCUGCAGCCCCGACUCCCCGCCGACAAUGGAGAAGCAGGCAACCCUGCCGGACCACCUGACGGAGGAGAUCCUCCUCCGCGUCCCCACGGCCGCCGACCUCGCCCGCGCUUCCAUGGCCGGCCCCUCCCUCCGCCGCAUCAUCGCGGACCAUGCCUUCCUCCGUCGCUUCCGCACCCUCCACCCGCCGCCUCUCCUGGGUAUACUCUUGAACCCCUUCCUCCCAGCCCAGCCGCCCCACCCCUCCGCCGCCGCCGCCCAAACACUCACCGGCACCGACUUCUCCUGCUCCUUCCUCCCCUUCCGCGAGCAGCCCUGGACUCUUCGCGACUUCCGCGACGGCCGCGCCCUCCUCUGCGCCGCCCCCGACGACUGCACCCUGGCGAGGGACGUGGCCGUGUGCGACCCGCUGCACCGGCGCUACCUGCUGCUACCUCCCGUACCCCAGGACCUGUCCGAUCUGGUCUACCACUGCCAGCUCUUUCUUGCUCCUGCCGCCACAGACGACGGUGCUGACACUGCUGCAGACGCUUCCAUGAGUUUCAGAGUCAUAUGCUUGGCCAAAUACCAGACCCAGCUGGUCCUCUUCGUCUUCUCCUCAUCAGGCCCUCUUGCCGGACAAUGGCACACCACCGUGUUUGAUGGUUGGAGCGCUCUGAUUGCGGAAACUAGUCAAGGCGAUGAUAUGCGAUCCGCCACUGCGUUCGGAAAGCGCUACUACGUGCACGGAUGCUUCUGCUGGGCGAUACCCGGGAUCAACAAGUUGCUCAUGCUCGACAUUGCUAUGAUGGAUUUCUCCUCCGUCAACCUCCCGCCUAGUCCGUGGUUUAAUUCCCAGGUGGCCUUUGUGGAGGCAACAGAAGGGAGGCUUGGGAUGCUUAUUCUCAGCGACAAUCGCCUCUUGCACACCAUUUUGGUUAGCAUUGGGGAUGACCCAAAGCAGUGGCAAAUGGGGGAUGUUGUCACAUUACGCCAUGGUUGCUGCUAUUACUCCUUCAUUGGUGCAGCUGCGGGAUACUUACUCCUACAAGGGUUUCCAGACGACCCGUAUGAAAUGCCAGGCACGGACUGUUUUUCACUGAAUCUCCAGACUAUGCAGCUUGAGCGGUUCCCUAGGAAGGAGUUCAUGAUGCCAUUGCUGGGUCAACUGCAUGUGGGUUUCCCGCCAUCCUUGUCUCCACCAACUAUUUGAAGGGGGCUUAAUCCGCUGCGUAUGGGACUUGUUUUGUGUCUGCCUGGCCGCUGGUUGAUCAUUGCAAGGAAGGAUGACACAUACAUCAAGUAAUUGCCUGUGUUUGGCUUGUUGACUUGAGUCUCGCAUCCGAUCCUUUUGAUGGCAUACAUGCACGCAUGUUGGUUGAUUUGGCAUGUGUGCAACUUGAGUGCUUUCAUAUUAGAACGCCCGUCCACCAGCCCACCUGCCCCAUAUAUAUUAGAUUGUAGUAGUGGUGUAGUAGUAGUUGUUGUGGUAGUAGUAGUAGUACUGCUUAAGUUGUUGUGUUUAUUUGGUGAACUGGAUGGAACAUGUAUGUAUGAACACCGUGUUAAUCCUUGCAUGGUGCGUACAGGUAAGUGCCCUGCCGUUACUUUGCAUGUUUCAUUUAAUUGUAAUGCUUAGUAAUCUA